GAAGAAGGAACAGGCAAAAGGAGAAACGAUAACUAUUGCCGAACUCUCUCCAUAGCUUGAAACACAGAAAUCUGCACUGACAAGAAUUACCAGCAACCAAUCUCCGUUUAAGCAUUUAAUACAAAAAGGACAAGCCGCUUUCCAAAGCUGAUUUGAAAAUAAUUAGAACAGGGUACACGCAAAGAAGAAACGAACUAUCCAGCUCUGGUUGACAGUUAUAACUUUCAUUUCUAAAAGAAGUUCAAGAAUCAACAACAGUCGCCAAGAUGAUGCAGAUCUCAGAAUCCCACCUGCAGAAGAACUCCCUGUUCAACUCCAUGAACCGCUUCAUCGGUGCCGUCAACAACAUGGACCAGACGGUGAUGGUGCCCAGCCUGCUGCGGGACGUCCCCCUUGAAGAGGCGAGGGAGGUGGCCGACCUGAAAAGUUCGGGAAACAGCGACAUCGAGGACGGCGACAUGUACAGCUACUACCAGCUUCUCAAGUCUAUCCGCUGUGACAUUGAGUGGGGAGUGAUGCGCGCGGAGGAAGACAAGAAGCGCAAGGAAAGCUGGGCUCCCAUCUCUCGGAUGGAUUCAGCGGAGGAAGAUUCAGAGGUAUCGUCGGAGGAAGAGGAGGAUAACCUGCAGAAGCAGUUCCAGUUCCACAUGACGGGGCUCCACGGGGUGCUGUCCAAGCUGACGCAACAGGCUAACACCCUGACCAACCGCUACAAGCAGGAGAUCGGCAUUGGAAGCUACUAAAAUGGAGCACAACGACCCGAGCGAGCCCUCAUUCCCCGAUGAUCGAUUCUCAUUCGCGGAAAGGAGGUGAACUGAACUUAACCGAAUAGUCUAUCACUGAUGAAAUUCGUUUGAAUGGACUGAGAGAGAAAGAAAAUAAGAGAGACAGAAAUAAACAUUUCUGCUCUCUAUAUGUGGUAUUAUUUUACCUUUGUGAUAUAUUGUGUUGAUCCAAAGUAAUGUUGUGGUUGACCUGCUAUGUGGUAUAUCCGGGUUCCACUACACCUGUUUUGCACUCAGAUUUUUUACCACAAUGUCUGUGUUUUAUGCACGGUGUCCAAUGGCGCUCCAUGCCUUCAGCUCAAGUGACACAGAUAAUACAUAUGUAUACAUUUAUUUAAUAUUGAUGUAUUUAACUUGUUACCUCGCACUGUAUGUUUGAGAGCUGUAUAUUUCAAGGUUGAAGAAGUACAUGACCUCAGAGACAUUUGGCUAUAUAUUUCUUUACUUCCUAGAAAGGGGAAAUGCGCAUAGGAUUUAGCAUGUCUAAUGAUGCCAAUGUGUCAAAAAAGUCUGUACAGGUCUUGUACUUUUCCCUAUUGUUAUGUGUCUUUAUUAUGUGCUUAGCUAAAUGGAGGAGGCUUGACAGAUUCUUGCCUAUGAUCCCAUUGCUGCCCUAUAUGAUCAAUGAACUGAAAUCAACUGAUGGUUCUUCUGCAUAGAGAAUAAUGAAGGAUUCCAAGAGAUCAUGUUAUUAUCUUGCUAUUGCCAUGGUAUUUAUGGAGAGGUGAAACUCCAUAAGCCAGUGUUUUUGUAUGUACUAUAUUAUGUUUUUAUAUUGAAGAUAAUGUAUUUGUACUGAGAAAUAAAAUAUUUUGUAAAUGAAA